AGGAGGUACUGCUGUUCACUUACUGUGAACUUCAUUAGUCUGUAAAGGAGUUCAGCAGCGAUGGGGUACUCUCAAAAAUGUCCUGACCAGACGACCUAUUUUGAUCAGAGAAGUGGAAAAUGUCUGGCCUGUGCCAAACCAGAUAAGGGACGGGAACUUUCUCCAAACUGUGGAAGGAGUGACACAGGAGGGAAGCAUGAGCCGUCGACAAGACCCUGUCCUCACAAAACCUUUAAUGAUGGCAAGUAUUUAAUGUGCCAGACGUGCACUCAAUGUCAGACAGGUUUCAUCACUGUCAGCAACUGCACGACAACUGCUGACACCAGGUGCUUGGAUCUGAGAAAGACAACCCAAGUGCCUGUGACAGAAGCAACAGAUGCUCAAGAUGUGUCAGCCUUCACCAAACCAUCAACGGUUUGGACACCUCUGGCAUCUGACACAUUACCAACGGCCCCCCACCCAUAUCUAAGUAAUACAUGGAUGGUGCCUUUAAUCCUUGUAAUCUGCAUGCUGCUUGUUGUGCUGUCCACUUGGCUAAUCUGCAGGAGGAGGAAAAGAGGACAAAACAUGGUGUUGAAUUUUGUCAGAAGAUCAUCACUCAUGAGUGCAGGGUUCUCUCCCCUCUCUGCUCCAGCUGCUAACAAUGAUCUAGAGGACUUUCUGAGUCCGAAUAUAUUUUCAGCCCCAUUGCAGUCCGUGUUGGACAACCUUGACGUCCUGGAAGAGCUGGUCAUUUUGUUGGACCCCGAGACCCAGGGUGUGAAGAACACCAAACAUUUGGCCUCCCUCUGCUCCUUCCCCUUCACUUGGAUUACAUACACCUACUCAAUGAGGGAAAGCAAGAGCCCUCUGAAGGCUGUUCUGGAGGGCGUCACCAGUAGACACCCUGAGUGGACAGUGGGACAUCUGGCAAAGCUGCUCUGGCAAAUGGAGCGCAAUGAUGCCAUCAAUGUUCUCACUAAACUGAAACAAAAUGAAACAGAUGCAUAAUAUUCCUUUCACCUUCAGUGCUGAGCCUGCAAUUGCAAUUUGCACAAUAUAAAAGUUUGUCUCUGCAAAAUGUAGAUUUCAAAUGUGUUAGAGUGAACACUGGAAAAUGUGCACUUCCUAGUUCACAGGUGUCAAACUCAUUUUAGUUCAGGGGCCAGAUUCAGAUAAAUUUGAUCUGAAAUGGGCCGGACCAGUAAAAUAAUAACAUAAUAAUAUAUAAAUAAUGUCAACUCCAA